UAUUUCUCAUUUUUUUUUUGCUGACGAUGUUAUCAUUUUUGUCAAGUAGAUUUGUUCCAUGCUCAAUCCCUCUUCAUAUUUUGAAUAGAUGCUGCUCUGUCUUAGGUCAAGCUAUAAAUCUCCAUAAAUCGAAUAUCUUUUUCUCAGCUAACAUCCCUGAACCUUUGAAAGUUGAUAUUUUUCAUAUAUUCCAAGGCAUUGUUCUGGCUAGAAGCUCUAGAUAUUUGGGGCUCCCUUUAGGAAUAGGCAGAAACAAAAAGCAAACUUUUGAUUUUGUGAGAGAGUGUGUGAAAUCUAAAAUCUUUAGCUGGAAACACAAGUUUUUUAGUGAGGCGGGCAAAGAAAUUCUCAUUAAAACCACUCUCAGUGCUCUCCCAGUUUAUGUUAUGUUAGUUUUCAGAUUGCCU